CUUUAUUUUGUGCAGGCUGUAAUUUUUUGUGCAGGCUGUUUGUGCAGUCUGUAAUUUUUUGUUUAGGUUGUUUUUUUUUAUGUACUGUUUUUUUCUUAUUGCCAUCUUUUUCUGUAACGUAUUUUUCCUACCAUGAUUACUAUUAGUAGAGAACAAGCAAUCUGUAUGUUUUACUGCCAGCCCUAUAAUGAGUCAAACGCCUCUAAACUAUCCAAGUUAAUUGACAACAUGGACAAUAUUGAAAUCUGCUAUUCAGAUGACCCCACCGAGCCAAUGCUCAUUUCGCUCCAAUCCCUCCAUACUAAUUCCUUCAAAUACCAUCAAUAUCCUGCUUUUCUGGACAAUUGUAAAAGGGAUAAGAGUAGCAAUCAAGCUAAGAGAUAAAAAAACAGUCUAUGUUUAUAAAUACUUUUUAUUACAACAUAUAAAUUUUGGAAAUAAUAAACUUUUUAUUUUGAUCGUUGAACCGGCUUGCUCCUACAUUCAAACUUCUUUAAAGUGCCUGGUUCAUUUAACAACUGAAUUCUUUUGUAUGUCCAUACUCUGUUUUUAGCUGCUAUGUUAUUGACUAUUAUUAUUUCCAGAUUUGGAUACUGUUUUAGAAAUUCAUACAAG